ACCAAGUUUGAGCUGGCAUGAGCUGUCUAAAGGAAUUGACCAUUUUGCCCUCACUUACAAAAUAACAAUUUCCAUUAACCAUGUCAUUUUGCUAAUUAUGUGAUUAGAGCUACAAUUAAGCAUCCAUAUAUAAUCCAAAUCAUUUCCUAAUCAUAACUAACUCUCACAAUUACCAAGAACAGAUCUAGAAACCUCUCAUUCUCUCCAUUUUGCUCAAGAACACACCAAUCUUCAAAUCCAAAUUUCUUCCUCAAUCUUCAACCAAAACUUGAUUUUCUUUUUGCUGUGAUCUUGUUUUAACAUGUACUAGGACUGUUUUCAUGAUUCAUCAUCAAUCAAGCCUUGCAUCGCAACUGUUCAAGAACACCUCAACAAUGGCAAAUUCGAAUUAAGAGCAGUAGAGGUCGAAGCAAUUGGAACUGGACACGUCAUUCAUCUUCCACAAGGCUCUAGUACAACUGUUUUGAAGAGUUGGAGCUUAAAGCUGCGAUUUACGCACUGCCAUUGCCGGUAUGUCGAAAUUUUGAAUCUCCCGUUUUGUUCGAUUGAUAGGUGCUUUGUGUAGUGCAUUUCUUGUAGAAUCCAAUGGUGCUUGUGGUUUAUAGAAUGAUUGAGUGAGUUAAGAGAAAUCUCGAUUUGAAGUUUUGUGUUCAAACCUUUAAUCGUUCGAUCCGUCUAGCAUAGUUAGAUUUAGGUUGAUUAGGUUAUAUAUUCAUGAUCUAUGCAUCGAGACCUUUCCAACGGUUAUUAAUUUGUGAGAUUUGGUGAUGAAAUGAGCAAAGUCGAAGCUACCGUUGAUGAACACGGUAUUGCCGCUCGAAGAAGAAGAUGAAUUGUUGGAUUAUGUUUACUGUUUGAUCCGUGUUUUCAUGUAAUUUUUUGAACAACUGGUUUACCGCGGUACUGUUUCGUUAACUACAAGAUGCCAUUAAUAAUUCAUCCAAUUUAAUUAUAUUAAUUCAAAUAAAUCCUUAAAAAAUUAUAAACACUUUAGAAAAUUCAUAAAAAUUCUAAAAAAUAUUUAACACCUUAAAAAAAUUCAGAAAAAAUAGCAAAAAAAUCCUAAAAUUAUGGAAAAUUUUUCUAUGGCUUUGUUGACUUGUGUAGAAUUUUUUUGACCUAUUGGUCAAAGUUGUGCAUGGCAAAAAUAUUGUUUGACCUAGGCUUGUUUCACAUGUAUCCAUUUUUGCUACAUUCUACCAAUUUGCUCAUGAAAUGCUCAUAUCAUAAAAUAAAUGGCUGAAAAUUUUUGUGGUGGUUCUUGACUCAUUGAGGAUUAUUUAUAUGUAAAUUUCAUGAAUUUUUGAUACCUGGUUAGAGAGCAGCAAAUUCUGGAACUUAGGUGUGACAAUUUGUGUCACACCUCUUGAUGUCAACUUGUUGAAUUUAAUUGGAUGACCUAUGCAUGUUGGAAUUGGCUGAAAUUUUGCAUGGUGAAUUGUUGAUAUGUUAGGAUGUUGUAUGAAUUUUUGUAGAAUUUUUCAUUGCAUUUUCAAUUUAAUCUUGAUUUUUCAUUUCUGGUGAUUAAAUUUGCAAGUCCAUGUGACAUAGGUUGGUAGAUUGAUUGGGAAAUCCUCAUAUUGUAUUGUAUGGCCAUGAAAUUUGAUAUGAAUGAACUAGACACAUGUUAGGACCUCCCUGUUUUGGUCUCAUCCAUUUCUUUUUUGUUUUCAUUGAGUUAUGAAUUUUUUAAGUGGAUGUAUGCCUUGAUGGUGUGAAUUGAAGCAUGAAAUGGUGUCUGUUUUUGUUGAUUUUCAUUGACAUGGUUUCAUUUGCCCAAUUGAGCUCAAAUUUGACAUGGUAGACCUUGAUUGACCCCUGUUUAGGUGUAAUUAAUUUGAGGAUUUUUGGAUGUGUUUUGGUAUGGAUUUGAAUGCAAUACUUCUGUUUGUAUGUUUGAUGCUACACUUGAGCCCAUUUGGAUUGUUUUGUGCAUGAAUUGAGCAUGAUGGAUGAUAUAAACAUGAUACCAAUGAUGUUUGAUCUUGUUUGAUGUUAAUUUGAUGUUGGAUGGUGGAUACCUUGCUGUUUUAACCUUUUUUCUUGCUUUUGGACCCUAGGCUUGGCCUAGUGGUCUAGUUGCUAAUAUUUGCUUGAUUUUUCAGGAUCCAAAAAGCAAUGCACAUGGAGAAUGAUCCAAAUCCAAUUUUGAUUGAUGUUGUGGAUGUUUGUACACUAACAUAACAUUGUUUUGUAGGUGUUGGAGCUUGGGCUUAAGCCUUGAGCUUGCUUUGUGUUGUAUUGUUUAAACUGUUUGAUUGUUUGCUGUAUAGUUUGUCUGAUUGAGUACUGACUGAGUUUGAUUGUUUCCAGGUACUUUAGUUGCUCAGUUCCUUGUGAACUAUUGCUUUGCUUUGCAUAAGCAACUUGCAUUGAGGAAUCAUUGCUCGUGCUCGUAGAACUGUACCUUUGCACUCGACCCGUCCUCACAGAUACUUUACAAGGCGGAAUACACCCAGACUCAUGGAGCUUCCUAAUGCCGAUAUCCUCGAGCUGAAAGACAAGAUGAGCGAACUGAUCAACAUCAUGCAGGGUUUUGCAGUUGGUCAGAAAGCUUUGGUUGACAAAGUUGAAAAGCUCGAGCGGGCUUCAGCUGUUAACAGUGUUGUUAAUCUGGAUGGUGUCUCCAAUCAGGGGCUGGGUGGAUCCAGAGACGGUGAAAAAAGAGAAACUGUGGGUAUGGUGAACAACGAUGCUGGUGGAUUUGGUAUCGCUACUGGUGGUGGGCCCGGUCUGGGGCAUAGUCUGAAGGAUAGUUUGUUCCCUCCGUUCUUCGGGUUUGAUGAUGACAGAGAGGAAGACCGAGAAGCUGACCAAUUCUCCAUGCACAACGAGCCAUUCGGGCAGUACAAUACCCAGCCACAAAACAAAGAAAUCCAGUUGCUGGCAGAGAAGGUAAGGGCUCUGGAAAGCCAUGCUACUCCGGGGUUUGUCAACAUGUCCAACAUGGGAUUGGUGGAGGGAAUUGUGAUUCCUCAGAAGUUCAAGGCGCCUGCGUUCGAUAAAUACAACGGUAGUUCUUGCCCGGAAACUCAUCUCCAGGCAUUUGUUCGCAAAAUCUCAGCAUACACGGCAGAUCAGAAGCUGUGGAUGUACUUCUUCCAGGACAGCCUGUCCGGAGGUUCCUUGGAGUGGUACACUAAGUUGAGAUCGUCCGAUAUUAAGAGCUGGCAGGAUUUGGGAGAUGCUUUCUUUAAGCAAUACCAAUUUAAUGCAGACAUGGCUCCGAGCCGUACCCAGCUGCAGGGUAUGUCUCAAAAGCAUAAUGAGGGCUUUAAGGAGUACGCACAAAGGUGGAGAGAACUGGCUGCAAGGGUGCAACCUCCUCUCGUCGAUCGUGAGAUGUCGGACUUAUUCAUGGGGACCCUGCAGGGGCCGUUUGCAGAAAGAAUGGUGGGAUGUCAUGUCACCAAUUUCUCUGACAUCGUGGUGGCGGGGGAAAGGAUAGAGAGUUGGUUGAAGCUGGGUAAGAUACAGAGUGGUGCGUCUUCUUCUUCCUCCGGUUCGAAGAAACCUUUUGGAAAUAAUGGUGGGCAGAGGAAGAAGGAAGGAGACACCAGUGCAGUCUAUACACAGCGUGGACCCAGUAGGGAACGUUACUUCCAGCAUACCGCUGCAGUAACAAUUCCUGCUGAGUCUCAUUCAGCACAACCGCAACAACAACAACAGCAGCAACAGCAACAAAGACAACAACCCUUUCAGCAGAGACAACAAAGGGCUGGUUAUCAGAUCCGAGGCAGAGCGCAGGAUCGUCAAUUUGAUAGGCCUCCAGUGAGUUAUGCUUUCUUGUUUAAGAAGCUGCAGGAUUUGGGCCUUGUGCAGACCAGAACUCUGGCACCUUUGAGACCUGAUCAAAGGCCAGCCAGUUAUGAUGAGAAUGCUAAAUGUGAAUUCCACUCGGGUGCGCCCGGGCACAACAUUGAGAACUGUAAAGCUUUUAAGCACACAGUUCAAGACCUGGUGGAUUCCAAAGCCAUUAAUUUUGCUCCAUCUCCCAAUGUCAAUGCCAAUCCCAUGCCCGCGCAUGGUCAAAGGGGGGUGAAUGCAAUUUCUGAGGAAAGUCGAGUUGGGCUAUUUGAUGUUGGUCAGCUGAAGACGCCUUUGAUUGAGGUCAAAAGGCAGUUGUUGAGGAAUGGGGUCUAUCCGGGCUGCGGAUCUGAUUGUGCUGAGUGCACUAUUUCUGCAAAUGGUUGUGAGCUUCUGAGGAAGCAUGUCCAGGGGCUGAUGGACGAUGGGGAGAUUGUGAUCGAGAAGUCUGAAGGGAAGAAGGAGGAGGUCUCCACCAUAACCAUUUUCUAUGACCCGGUUGAUUUGUCUAACCUGGUGGAGGAGGCUCCAGUUACCAUCACGGUACCUGGGCCGAUUCCAUACGACAAAGAGGAUGCCGUGCCAUGGCAUUAUGGGGGAGAGGUAUACUGUAACGGUGAGAAAGUUAAAGAGCAAUCUGCUAGUGAAACCACCGUGCUAAAGGUGGAUAAUGCCGGUCCCAGCGGUUUCACUCGCAGCGGUAGGUUGUUUGCUCCCGAUGCUUUGAGGAGGGGGGAGGAAGAAAAAGAUAAAAAAGAAAAGGCCGAGGCUUUAGCCAGGGCGAAGGGGAAGGCUGCGGCAGAUAGUGGUAAUACUCCUGUGAUGACACCGGCGCCUGCGGGGUCGGAUAAUAAAUUUGAUGAUGAGGCUGAAGAAUUCCUCAGAAUAAUCAAAAAGUCGGAGUAUAAACUGGUUGAUCAUUUGCAGCAGACUCCUUCUAAGAUCUCGAUUCUUUCACUGCUGUUGAGCUCAGAGGGUCAUAGGGAGGCUUUAUUGAAGAUAUUGAAGAAAGCCUAUGUGCCUCAGGAGAUCACAAAUCAAUCAGUUGGAGACGGUUGUAUCCAACGUGCAUGCUAGCCAUGGGUUG